AUGCAGACUCGGUGGACAAGGCGGCCGAUAUACGCCCGGCAGACUCAACAGACUACACUGGGAAAGUCUGUUGAGGGAAACCUUUCAAUUCAGAAGACGAAAGAAAGCAAUUAUGAAUUCAUCCUCGAUUCCUCUCGUCCGGCCUUUAUCCUUCACUUACCAGAUGAAGUCCUGAGGCUAAUCCUCGAAUUUGCUAUAACGGAAACGGAUUCAUGGCACAAAGAGUCGCCUUACAACAAGGCUUUAAUACCAGCUCUAGCUUAUACAUGCCAUCGGUUUAGCAGGAUUAUCAUUUCUUUCAACUACCACACCUUACACAUGGCAUUCCCCCGGCGAAGGAUCUACCCAGUAUGCAAAACAAGAAAAUUGAUCCAGACUCUCGAGGCAAAUCCUUCCCUGGGCCGGUUCUGUCAGAGCCUAUCGCUUCACAUAUCCGACGUCUGCCCAACUCGUGUCAAAACCGAUUCUGAGUGCCUUGAUGAGAUUAUCCCCGAGUUGAAAAAUGUCAAGUAUCUUACGGUCCAUGGAGGCUUUGAACCAGGCUCCAAGAGUCACACUUGGAACAUCAUACAGCGGUGUUCAAAGUACAUGCCACGGCUCGAGCAGGUUCUUCUAGCAAGAGAGGCCUUCACAGGUCCAGGUUUCGCCGACAUUCUACAAAAUUUGCAAAUACCCAUGCUUCAAGAAUUAUAUAUCCACGGCAGCUCCGAAUCAAACACCGAAGCUUCGUCAAGCACAGUGGAAGUGGCCAAGCCCGUCAAAGCUUCAGAUGUAACGAAACUUCAUCUAUCCGACUUCAAAGACACAUCAGCAACAAUGAACACACUCAUCCACUGGCCAAAAUCUCUCUUCGAAUUCUCUAUUGAGAACAUCCACAGCGACCCAGACCACAGAGACUCGCACCCAAACUACCUGGACCUGCCUCUACUCCGCAAGAUGCUUGAGGAACACAAAGACACCCUGACCACUCUCAGCAUCGGACCAUUAUCCCUUUCUGGCAGGGGAAAACUUGCCAACCUAUCCGACCUCUCGGCUCUGCACACCCUUUCUCUGUCGCGGUGGCAAUUAGGUGGAGAACUCGAUAUUUCAUCUGACGUUGCAUCCCAACUCCUAGGACCCAGUCUCGAGCUGUUUGUUUGGGACUUUACUAUCUACGACCAGAAUUCACAAAAGUGGUCUGAUUUCGGAACACGGGAAUCAUUGUGGAUCAUGAAUCUAGCUCAGAAAGUCGUUGAGAGACGCUCGCCACUAAAGGAAAUCAGGAUACAAUUCGCGCCGGAGUUGCCGACUCCCGAUGAUGAGGAUUAUCCGUGGGAUUUUAUGGAUGAUCUGGAUAUUCAGUUCCGGUCGCAGGGUGUUACUUUCACGUAUAACGAGCCUGCGAUGUCGAAGGAGGCUUUCUUGAAUCGGUCCAAGCCCACCGAGUGA